GGCAGCAGAUUUACUGGAGAAUUAGCAACACUUACAAUCCAGGAGCUUGAUUUAUGAAGAGAGGCUGAAAGAGCCAAAUAUCUGAACUAGGUAUUGCUGGUAUAAAUCUUGCCAUCUUAUCCUUUUAUCCUGGCUGCCCCCUGCUGAGAUCCAUGGGGGGGAUUUCCCUGAUAUAGGAGCAGCAGUACUGAUGAGAGACCCUCAGUUUUGUGAUCCUUAUUAGCAGAACAUCCUGUGCAUGGGAUCUGUAACUGGUCCCUGCCCCAAGGAUGUCACAGCACAGAUUAGACUUUGCACGUGCUGGUGUAGCAAGAAGGUAUGUGCAGAUCUAUGCAAAAUCUAUGCAAUGGGAGAGGAGCACUCGCUGUGCAUAGGAAUCCAGCCUGAGUGAGGGGCCUUUGCUGCCUAGGACAGCAGGUGCAUGACUGCAUGGCUGUGGGCACACAGGCAGAAUAGGAGGAACUGUUGGAGUUGGGAAUGCUGGCAGGCUGAGCUUGGGUGCAGGGGCUGCAUCUCCUCCUGGUGCCAUUGCAUGGGUGUGCAUUUUGGGCAGGAUCCCUCAAAUACAGACUAGAGAAGAAUUCCUCCCUUUGCUGUACGCUGCUAUUCACGAAGACAAGACGCUUUCUUCUCUGCCCCAAUAAAAUAUAUCCAUGCCUUACUUGCAAGCAAGCUGAAAGCUUCAGUUGGGGACUUGUCCUUCCCUCCUUUGAAGUGACACCUGCCCCAGAGCAGAGCUUUCCAGCAAAGAAAUGCUCUCCCACCCUCUACCUCUGGGGGAGGAUGGACCGGCUGACCCGUGGCUGUUUGUGUUGUGGAGCUCUCAGCAGGCACCCGGCUCAGUGCAAGAAUGCUGCAGCCUGCAGACUUUUUAAUUCCUUUGGGAUUUGUGUUGCCCACCUGCUCUUCAAAGGCGGAGGGCGAGGUCUGUGUCAGAGGCAUGCAGAGACUCAUGAGGGCCAAGCUUCUGCUUCUAAUUUCACUUUCAAACCUUUCCUCCUCCUCAUCCCAAGAGUUCUGUAUUCAGAGGGAGCAGCCAAGGGAUAGGGCACUCUGCUUCCUAGGAACAGAAGCAAAUGCCAUUAAGGUCAGACACUGCACUCUGCCUGCCAAGGAGCUGGCAACCAGCACUGCCAGCAGCAAGGUGACACCUCCAGGCACUGCCACCAGCUCAGAGCAGGGCAACUGGCAGCUCCUGGAGCACUCUCAUGGAGCUCCAGCUGGUGAUACACCCCAAAAGCCAGUCUCCAUCCUGGCUCCUUUCUCGUCUCCUAUCAGAGAGGGGAAGGACAGAAGGGGUCCUUGCUGCAGGGCGAGGCGGAGUGGCUGCAGGCAAUGAGCUGGGGCUGCAGGCAAUAGAUGCUCUGGGCCCGCAGAGCCAUCACACUGUGCCUUUUCUUAGCUCCAAAUCUCUUUGCUGCUGUGGCUCUCCCGGCUGGGAUGGGCUCCACGUGCACAGCACAGCCCCCUGGGCACGGCACUGGGUGCAACUGCAGGAGCCACGGAGGGCAGGGCAGGAGCUGAGAGCGUGCGGGCUGAUCAAACACAUCAUGGAAAGAGCUGGCCAAAUCUGGGCUUGUUUAACCUGCUGCCAACACAGAGCAGAUCCCUGUGCCCACAGCAUUUGCUGCAUUAACAGUGACAUUAAAAGGAGCAGCAGUCAGGCUGCCGAAUACCAGCACUUUACUUUAAGCUCCCUUUGAGCCACUUUGGCUUCACCUUCCGUAGCUGGCAGAUGUCUGCAGAUCUUAUUAUUCUGGUUACCAAGCGCAGAGCUAGUUUGGUUAGAAACUCAUGUGAAGUGGUACAUCAAACAUUGGCAGCGGCCCAGGGCUAUUUCCAGAGUGCUGCACGGGAGCGGAGCGCAGCACUGCUGCCUGCACUGGGUUGGGUCACUCCAAACAAGAGGAGAGCCAUCUGCCUGAUGGAAAUCACCCACCAAACACCCCAAAUGUUUAAUCUAAAUGGAAAGAAAGUAUUGGUUCCAUGCCUGGCUGCUGCUCCGUGAUGAAAGUGAAGGAGUGUGGGCACAGGAUGGCUGCUCAGAGGGAUGAUGGAGCUGAGGCCAUCAGCAGAUCCAUCGUGGCAGUCAGGCAGGACCAGCUCGUGUCUCCCUCCUCCUCUUGUCUCCCCAGCAUUUAUUGCAUUGGCCAUCAAGAAGGAACCUGAACUCUGAAAGGAGAAUGGAUUGAAGCAGCUAAGUCUUUGCUGGACUUUGUAGACUGUCAUUCUGCCUUUGCCAAGGCUAAAAGUCCUCUUUGGGGUAGGAUAUUUUUCAUCACUGAACUACUCUCCUGGCAUCAGCCUCUUCUAUUUCCAAAGGGGAGAGAUUAGUAGGAAGUUACAAACCCACAUUCAGUGCAUGCUGCUGCGUGCAGCUGGCAGCUUAGCCCUAGCAAUGCAAUCACUGGUUCCCAACUUCUGCCUCCUCCCCUUCCCCAAGUUAUCUGCACUAUUAGGAAAGGCAUUUAUUACCAAUAUAUUUAUGCCAAAAACGUAGGGCUAUAGAUCUGACCUCACUUCUUCAAGGUGCUUUCUUCCUACAGAUAAGCUCUAGGGCAACACAAAGCUAAAUGCAAGUUGGGUCAAAGGGAAUUUAACUGCAAAAAGGUGCACCCAGCCAAACAGCCCCACUGAAGGCACUGCCCUGGUGACGAGAUGUUGGUGAGGGCCAUCAGCCAGACUUGAUACCAGGAGGCUGGAGAAUGUGACGGACAUGGGAGUGGACCUGCAGGGCUGACUGGUGUUGAUAGUGGGGAGAAUUAUAUCAAAUCCUUCUGAAAUAUCUGAGCUGACUGACGGUAGAAACCUCCACCUCCUUCUCUUCUUCCUGCCUGCGUGUUUGGCAAGCCCAGCUGGACAUUGGAGAUGUGAAAGGGAGAAGGUGUGAGAUAGAUGCAGGUGUGUGGUGUGAGGCUGAGGCAGAGCUCGGCCUCAAGGAGCAUCCAGCAUGGCAGCAUCCAACACCACAGCCCCUAGCAUUGCAGCACCCAGCACCAUAACUACCCUGUCCUUUCCCAUGCUCCAUCUCAGCAAGUGAGCAUCUAAGGGUUUCAGGGGAGAGGUGACAGCUUCCCCACAUGUCCCUCAGAGAUGUGAGCCCUUUUGUUGCAUUGCCCCAGGGCUUCCAUGGCACCUGCAGUCAGAGCUGUGUGGGAGCUGGAAGCAGUGGUUCAGAGCAGAUGAAGUCAAGACCUUGUCCUGGUGUCGCAACCAAACCCUUGCACCUGUGCUUGCUGUCUGUGGCCAGACUCUCCUUCCUGGGGUAGGGGAGAGCAGCUUUUUACAGCCCGUUCUUGGGCAAUGCAGCUGGGAGAGAGAUGUUUCUAACAAAGAUCCAGCCAGGAUUUGGAAGGGGCCAGACCUCUGACCUCCACUAACAGUCAGCAGAAGAUCUGUGUGUGCACAUGCUUGUGCAAGGAGAAGGGGGAUGGAAAGGGGGUAGAAAAAAGGAGGAAACAGUAUUUCCAGAGCACCGAUUUUUUUCUCUGUAAAUUAUAGAUGGGCAUUCCUUGAAUGCCAUACUCCCAUACUGGGAUGAGUUUGGGCCCUUACCCUGUGCACAACACAGCUCCAGAUCACGUUGUUCUCUCUCUCACCAAAUUCUGAUUCCUACUGACUGGACUGGAGUCCCAUUGCUGGGCUGUGCCAGUACAGGAAAGCAGCGUUACGCCAAUGGGUCCUAUCAACACUCACCAGAAACCUCAAUGUGACUUUUCCCAAACAAAGCUAUCACCAGCACGGGGACAGGAGAUAAGAGCCCAGAAAGUGCACUUGUGAGAUGAACGCUGGGAGGAAAAGUCUGUGCUUGGCAAACACGAAGUGGUUUGAGAUCAGCAGGGCAGGGAGCAGCCAGGUGUGUCCUGGUGGGACUCAGCUGUGACCUGGCACAACACCCAUCACCCACAUCCCAGUCUCGGAGUGAUGUGGUCCUGCUUCACUUGUUGCUUGCACAAGGUAUCACAUCACAGCUGCAUCCCCAGUGCUUCCCGAGCUGUCCAAGAUGCCAGGCUCAGUGGGCUCAUCCACGGGGCCAAUGACACAUUUCUCAGCACCACCCACUCCAGCCAGCACACAGAGAAAUGGAUUUCCUGAAGCCUCAGCUUGUAUUGGGCACUGAGCCGUGGGAGCUUUGCUCUUGGAGCUCUUCCCCAGCCCCGUGCUUUAUUUCCAUGCCCAUACUGGAUCAGAGCUCUGUUGCCUUUGAGGCAACAACGUGCUGUUGUUCUGCUUUCCUUCUCGCAUGCAUUGCAUUGUUUCACUGUCCCUGUGGUCUUACCCAUAAGCACCAGGACAGCUGGUUCUGCCUUUGUUCAGGGCGAAAUCACACGGCUGGUUCUCUUUAAUUCCAAAAUCUCAAAGGUUUAACCUGCUGUUUGAUCUAAGGCAAGGCCAGUGAUAAGCCAAGUCAAGAACUUGACUCUGUCCGAGACGCUGACAUCAUCAGCUUGUUUGUUUAAGAUGGAAUUUAAUCAUGGGGAUAUUUUCCCCUCUGUUCUUGCCUUGUUUAUUAUUAUUCCUGAUUGCCAGCACAUUUGCUCAGCGGGAGAAAUUCAUUAAAGAGUUGUGGUAUAAUCGGCUGAUUGAGUCUGUCUGAUGGCAGGCAGGCUGCUGGGCAGUGAUGGAGCCGAGAAAUAAAGCUGGGAGACCAAAACUGAUGGGUUUGUCAUUCUUAGAAGCUUGUUGUGUGGUUUGGACUUGGAGUAGAAAAUGUUUAUGAGGGAGAAUAGGAAAUUUAAAGCAGAGGAGUGGGGCUGGGACCUGGAACAAGGCUGUGAAGCUGGGACAGGAUCUUCUCGACAUGAGAAGAGCAGAGGGGUUUUUGCUGUGGGGAGUGGAGAAGAACCUUGAACAUUGCUUGUUCUCAGCCUGCACCAAACCUCCAGAAGACAGAAAUCAGUCUCUCUGGGAAGGGCAACCCUGGUAGGAAGGGAUGCAGAGCUGGCAGUGGAUGUGUGCCUGCAGAGGGCAGUGGCUGCAGUGCCUGUGGAUGCAGGAGGACUGAGGGCCUGCUAUAGGGACAUCACCAGGCCCUCAGAGCCAUCCAGAGUGGGGGCUCCUGGGCGUCCCACGAGCCAUGGCAGUGUGGAGCAGAGCCCGGAUUCCCAAGCGCAGCACUGCUGGUGCUGGUUUACAACAAGGUGCCCUCGGUGCCACUGUGAUUCCUAAGACAACAGUGGGGUUGAUGACCUCCCUCUCUUAACCCAUUAGCAUUAUGAUUCUGCUGACCUAAAUUCCCCCAAAGUUUCGGCUGCAUGCAUCACAUGUUCCUUCCUGCUCUGUGCUGCUCACGCCCUCCAACCCAGGGAGGGAUCCGCACGGCGCUGGCAGAGUCGCUCCUACACAGGAACGUUUGCUCAUCCUGGAUGUGUGCUGACUUCAGUGGUACCUGGAAGCAGUGAGGAAAGAGGGGAGGGAGGAUUCAGAUCGCUCCACGCGGCCUUGGCAACCUGGAUGUUGUUUCUUGAUCCACGCUCCUGUCUGAAUCACCUGCUUUUUCCACCCCCUCUUUUGCUCCUGUGUUGGGCAACGACCCACUUACAUCACUGCUGUGCCACAGAUCAUUACCAAUACCCCAAUCCACGCCUGACCACUUCCUCUCUCCACCCUCAGACUUCCCAACUUGUAACGUUUCUCCCCUCUACCCAGUCAUGGUAAAAUGAGGGCUUUCUGAAGUUCCUCAGCUUCUUUGGUAAGACCCAGAUACUGCUCGGGACUAGUCCAUCAGGAUGCUUCAGCAACAUCAUCACUGAAACAAAUUAGCAACAGUUAUCUUUCCGUGCAUCGCUUCCUAGAAUAGAUCCAGGACAACCUAACAGCCUCUCAAGGCAAAGGGGACUUAGGAAGGCUGCUGAAUGUGAUUGAGUGCAGUGGGCAGCAAAACAGGGACACUUUGGAUGGGAACAAGACUUCAUCACAGCACCGGUGUCUGCUGUAUAGGAGCAUGCGGUGCAGCUGUGCCAACCCUGUUGGCAGGUGGGGAAACUGAGGCACGAGAUGGCUCAAGUGACCUGCCUAAGGCAAAAAGGGCAGAACUGAGUCUAACACCUGUGCAGGGUGGGCUCUGUCCCCUUCACACAGCAUCCCUCGUUAGCAUCACCUCAAAGUAGCUGGGGAAGGCUCAUGGGGAGCAGCAGUCCCCAGUGCUGGAGAAGCCACUCCCAGCGCCUGCCUCUGCGCAUAGGGAAACUAUUUAGGGUGGAGAUGUUCUGGGAGGGCUCCCAGACGCUGGAGGUGUCCGGUCUGUUAUACUGCAGGUGGGGACAGCUCCAGUCACAUUCUUGGCUUUGCUUGUUGUUUUUUUUUUUUUGGGAAACAUUUAAAUGAUCCAGAGAUGAGCCACGCCAGACCCCGCUAUGCCAUCGAACGCCCUGCGUACUCAGUCAGCCUCUUUGAUGAAGAGUUUGAGAAGAAAAGCAGAAGUUAUCCCGUUGGGGAAAAGUUGAAAAACCUUUUCAGAUGUUCAGCUUCCAGAUUCAAGCUCAUUCUCUUCAGCCUGUUCCCAAUACUUGUAUGGCUUCCCAAGUAUAAAAUCAAGGAGUACAUUUUGCCUGAUGUUCUCGGUGGGGUCAGUGCGGGGACAAUCCAAGUGCCACAAGGGAUGGCUUUUGCACUGCUGGCCAACCUGCCUCCUGUCAACGGGCUCUACUCCUCCUUCUUCCCUUUGAUAACAUACCUCUUCCUUGGCGGUAUCCACCAGAUGGUCCCAGGUACUUUUGCAGUCAUCAGCAUUAUUGUUGGCAACGUCUGCCAUGAGCUGGCUCCAGAGUCGGACUUCCAGUACUUCAACCACACUACCAAUGAGACAAGCGUGAAUACCACAGCCAUGGAAGCAGCCAGACUGGAGAUCUCUGCCACGCUAGCCUGCCUGACUGCCAUCAUACAACUGUGCCUGGGAUUCGUGCAGUUUGGCUUUGUUGCUAUCUACCUGUCAGAGUCUUUCAUCAGGGGCUUCAUGACAGCAGCAGGGCUGCAGAUCCUCAUCUCCGUGCUCAAGUACGUCUUCGGCUUGACAGUCCCGUCUUACACCGGGCCCUUAGCUAUCGUCUAUACAUUCAUUGAUAUUUGCAAAGGUCUGCCCAAAACCAACGUGGCCUCCCUGGUCUAUGCCCUGAUCAGUGCUGUGCUUCUGAUUGUUGUCAAGGAACUCAACCUGAAGUACAUGAAAAAGAUCCGGAUGCCCAUUCCCAUGGAGAUCAUCAUUGUAAUAGUUGCAACUGCAAUCUCUGGCAGCUUUAAGAUGCCUGAAAAGUACAAUAUGCCAGUGGUUGGGAAGAUCAGCAUGGGGUUCCCAGAGCCCACCCUGCCCCUGGUGAGCAAGUGGAAGGACAUGAUUGGCACAGCCUUCUCACUCGCCAUCGUGAGCUACGUGAUCAACCUGGCCAUGGGGAGGACGCUUGCAGCCAAGCAUGGCUAUGAUGUGGACCCCAACCAGGAAAUGCUGGCCCUGGGCUGCAGUAACUUCUUUGGAUCCUUCUUCAAAAUCCACGUCAUCUGCUGCGCUCUCUCUGUUACUCUCGCUGUGGAUGGGGCAGGAGGGAAAUCACAAGUGGCAAGUUUCUUUGUGGCAUUGGUGGUUAUGGUGACCAUGCUUUCUCUGGGAAUUUAUCUUGAGCCUCUUCCAAAGUCCGUCCUGGGAGCCCUCAUCGCUGUCAACCUGAAGAACUCCCUCAAGCAGCUGGCUGACCCCUUCUACCUGUGGAAGAAGAGCAAGCUGGACUGCCUGGUCUGGCUGGUGAGCUUUCUGGCUGCCUUCUUCCUGAGCCUGCCCUACGGAGUCGCAGUGGGUGUGGGAUUUUCCGUGCUGGUCGUGGUUUUCCAUACCCAGUUCCGGAACGGUUCUGCACUCGGCCAAGUAACAUCCAUGGACAUCUACAAGAACCCCAAAGCUUACAACAAGGUACACGAACUCAACGGCAUUAAAAUUGUGACCUACUGCUCGCCACUGUAUUUUGCCAACUCAGAGAUAUUCCGCGAGAAGAUUAUAGCCAAGACUGGAGUGGAUCCUGGGAAAGUGUACUUAGCCAGGAAGAAAUACGUGAAAUGGCAGGAGAAGGGGACAGCACAACCAUCAACAAAGCCACCAAAAUUCUUACUGAGGCAGAACAAGACCUUAUCAUUGCAAGAGCUCCAGAAAGACUUCGAAAGCACCUCUCCAACGGACACCAACAACAACCAGACGACUGCUAACGGCGCCAGCAUCUCUUACAUCACGUUCUGCCCUCCUGCCAACGGCACCAGGCAGGUACACACCUCCAGCGAGCUGGGCAGCACCACCACUCUACAAGGAAGCACCUUCAGGGACAUGUCAACUGCAGAUGGUGACCCCAUGGCCACGGCACCGCCCUACGUCAGCUUCCACACCAUCAUCCUGGACAUGAGUGGGGUGUGCUUUGUUGACCUCAUGGGCACAAAAGCACUGGGCAAGCUGUGUUCCAGCUAUCAGAAGAUUGGGAUUAAAGUGUUCUUGGCAAACGUGCAUGCCCAGGUGUACAACGACAUUAGCACAGGUGGUGUUUUUGAAGAAGGAGGCCUGGACAGAAAACACAUCUUCCUGACCAUCCACGAUGCUGUUUUGUUCGCACUGGCAAAUAUCAAAGAAGUCGUCCACCCACCCAUCUUAGAAGAGAGGCCGAAUCAGACAGAACUCUCCAUCUACGAUGAGUCUGUGGAUGAAAGCAGCUCGGAGUUCACAAACUUGGAGGAGGAGAUGUUUGGAAGCAUGUUCCAUUCAGAGACACAGACAGCGCUGUGAGCCUCGUGCUGAUAAACCCUCCUGGACAGCCUCCUCUCUCCCAUCCCAUCAUGAAGAGCUGCACUCCUUCCCAGGAAUACAAAGAGUUUGCAAAGCAAGAGGUCAUCACACCUCUUGAACUGGUAAAUUUCUCCUCCUGCUCUGCUUCUGGUGCUCAGAGAAAUGGCCUCUGGAGCAGACAACAGAACACCACGGAGCAGGAACUCAGGAAAUGCCACCUAUUAAUCACAGAAGAGAAGCAAGCUCACCUGAUGGCAGAUGCCUCAGCACAUGGGAUGAUCAGUUGGUUUUGCCACAUGCUUGCCUUUGUCUCACACAGUCACAAUCUUCUGCCCACAGAGGCAUUACAUCAUUUGGGCAACCCCCUUCUUUCUCUUCCUUCCUUCUUCUUUUCCCAAUGAAAUGAAAUUAAGCAAAUAUUGCGAGCCUCUCACGGCUUUGAAUCACAAGCAAAAACAGCUUUUGCAAGGUCCAGCCUGUAAGGUAAUGUUGUUUCAAAAUGUGCACUGACUGUCGGGGUGCCUGCACUGCAGGUGCCAACCUUUGUGUUCCCCCACAUUUCUCCAUGCCCCUGCACUGCUCUCUGUGUGACCCAGAAACCAUAGCUUCCAAUCAGUGCUGUGUUUCUCACACCCUAAACACCCUGGUGCAGUAUCUCAGGAGGGCUAUUUUCCAGAUUAUAUUUUUACUUAUUAAUAGGACUAGCUUAUAAUUGGGAGUAUGAAUUCCCUGUCAAGGUGUGCUGUGUGUGCACGCUGGUCUGCCUGCCCAGUAAGUCAGUAUGUGUUCAGAAGAACUCAGGCUGUAGUUAAAAUCCCUCCUGACAUUUUUAGGCAUCUUCCUUCUGUCUGAACCGGGCUGCAGAUAAAAUUUUUAGACUGUGCAUGUCAUGAAAGCAUUAAUUCCAAGGGUGUUCUGCCUCUCUUUCCAUCUUGUUGACUGCAGUAUCUAAAUGAUUCAGCCUGGUACGUGGAUUAGUGUUUUGUGGAGAUAUAUAUACAUCUAUAUAUAUUUUUUCCGAAGUCGUUUUGACCACAAAAAGCAAAUGCAGGGACAGCGAGGAAUCUCUUUCUUGUAAAGUCCUGGAUCCAGGGCAGCAAGUUGAAAAUUUCAGCCCAUUUUGUAUCUGCAACUGUAACACCUGCACUAUGGAGGGCUUCCGAUGACGAGCUCUCAAAUGGUCACUCAGGCAGCAAGGGAACACUCUUUUUUAUAGGUGAUAUUUCUGUAACAAUUCUCUACUGCGUAUUUGACGAUUUUCAUUAAAAUUCAUCUCAGAUUGAUAAUACCAGGACCAUCUACCUCUCAGGCAAACAAGCCUGACGCUCUAACCAGAGAUAGACAGAUGAGAUCUUAAUCAUUUCUAGAAAUCUGGCAUUCUUUUAUAUUUGAGAGAUGCUUAUAACAAGUGCUAUUUUAAUUUCCCUUUCUGACAUCUUCCCUUCUUACCCAGUGCUGAUAUUGUGACAGAAAUGACAAGAUAACAAUCUAAAGCCUGAAAAAAUCUAAGCAGAAGCCAGGAGUUAAAGGGACCCUUCUUCAGUGCAUUUCAACCUCAAAUAUGGCUUAGAUGAAAGUAAGGCCAUAGAAAAUUUAGUAUGUCUUCAGUUGCAACGAAUGCAGCUUUUUCUGUUUGAUUUUCAAAUCCUCCUACAAAGUAUUUCCAGCACUGGGAUAAAGACAAGAGUCAACAAGCAAAACUGAACAGUCUGUUAUACUUCCAUGAAUGGAAAAAAAAAAAAAAAAA